AACACAAUGUCAGGGGACAAUCUCACAGUUGUGGUGGAAUUCAUUCUCCUAGGAUUUUCUGAUCUUCCCAAACUCCAAGGUUUUCUCUUUGGAGUUUUCUUAAGCAUUUACCUGUGUAUACUGAUAGGAAAUGGUCUCCUCAUUAUCAUAACCAAGACUGAUCCAGGUCUCCAAACUCCUAUGUAUUUUUUCCUUAGGAACUUUUCUUUCUUGGAAAUCUGUUACACAUCAGUCACUAUCCCCAGAAUGUUGGCAGAUCUCUGGACCCAGAAAGGAACCAUUUCAUUCAUAGCCUGUGCUGUCCAAACUUGCUUCCUUUAUAUUCUGGGAGCAGCGGAGUGCUUGCUUCUGACUGUGAUGGCUUAUGAUCGCUAUGUGGCCAUCUGUAAACCUCUCUAUUAUCCUCUUAUCAUGAAUCACAAAGUAUGUGUCCAACUCAUUGUGGUUUCAUGGCUAAUUGGGAUUCCAAUACUGAUAGAAGAGACGUACCAGAUUUUCUCCCUGAACUUUUGUGGCUCUAAAAAACUUAACCACAUUUUCUGUGAUGCACCACCAUUAAUAGAGUUGGCCUGUGGAGAGACAUAUGAAAUAGAGAUUUCUAUCCAUGUUGCUGCACUGAUAUUUGCAAUAACUCCCUUUCUGUUGAUACUAAUAUCCUAUGUUAAAAUAAUUACCACCAUUGUAAGGUUGCCUUCAACUUCAGGGAGAUCUAAAGCCUUCUCUACUUGUUCUUCUCAUCUCAUGGUUGUGGGAUUAUUCUUUGGGUCUGGAAGUAUUGUGUAUUUGCAGCCAAAAUCCAGUCACUCAGCAGGAUCAGUAAAAGUGUUUGCUCUUUUCUACACCACUGUGACCCCAAUGUUGAAUCCUCUGAUAUACAGCCUGAGAAAUAAAGAUGUCAUUGCUGCACUAAGAAAACUGCUUCCCAAGUUAAUCAGGUCAUGA